AUGGAAGCCAGAGACUGCCCGGGAGCCACCCUAAGAAAUUCAACCCUUAACGAUCAGAAGCUGGUUUGCUGUAUCUUGGAUACUACACUUGUCCCAUCAGUCCCACAAAAUAUCAAUGUGUCUUUUGAAGCGUAUCUUAACUUGGUUGGAGAGACCACAAGGACAAGAGCAUUGUAUCCGUUUUACAUGGAAGCGUUGAAUAUUGCUAACAUGUCAAGUAAACAUGAAAUAGCAGCCUUCACUGCUCAAGUAUGUUUAAUGGAAACAAACAGAACAUUAGAGAAUUCUCUUAGAUCUUGCGCUUAUUUCUUCUGGCUCAAAAAAAUUGAAUACAUGAGUUCCAAAACCCUUCACGCUAACUCCUUGAAGAAAUUUAUUGUUGUAGAUAUCCACAGUGUAGGAUGUCUCCUGUUUUAUGGGUAUCGUCGAAUGGCAUGCCAUCAGUACAAUGUAGCGAGAUAGUUCAAUGUAGAGUUUGAAGUUGCAUCUCUUUAUAAAUGACGUUUGCGUUGCCCAUUUUUUGCCGACGUUGACCUGACGCAUUUCUUGUUCUUGAUCUUACCUAGAUAUUGUAUCAGACAUCAGGAAUGCUAUAUUCAGAGGAAAAUUCCGAUGGAGAGAAGUAUAAAGGAAAAGAAAGCUUGGGAAAUACCAGAGCAUCUGAUGCCCGCAAAUACAUAAGUAGAGGAUUCCUUCCUCUGAUAGGAAAACACAUGUAUCAACUUGUGAAAACUUCACUCGAUAUAGAAAUCACACGUAAGUUCGAAAAAAAUGCUGGUGAAGCCAAUAAGUUUAUUUAUUGAUACCAAUGAAGUGUACUGCAGUGUAUUGUAAGUCUAAUUUCAGGUUAUAAUAUUCCCCAUAUUUCUCUACAGAAAAGCCAGAAAUGGUUGCGUUGCCAUCUGUUGGAUUUAGGGUCGCGGCAUGGCUUUGGUUGAAUGGUUAUAGCUCAGCUGAUAACAGCAGCUUGCCCACCGGAGGUUUAAGAAAACUCUACAAUGGAACUGAAUACAGCUUUGCGGAGUUAUCCAUGAAAAUUCAGGAAAGUAACAAUGGGAUUGAAAGUCUAUUUAGAUAUUGGAGGCAUGCGCUCAAGGUAAGAUUACGAUUAAAUGUGUCAACCGCUCAUGCUGUUUUAAGUUGUAUUUCUGCCACAAAAACUUUUUCUACUGCUCUCCUCCCAUUUAUAGGUAGUUGAUAUUCCAUGUCCACCGGAAGGGAACGGACCAAGAUGUACAGUAGACAACAGAAAUGGCCGUUGCAAAUUAGUAAAAAGCUGUAAGGGUGAAUAUUCUGCUAGUGGUUGUCUGACACCGUCGCCUAUCACCUGCUGUCUUGGUAAUGAUGAUUUACAUAAUUUUAUAGCCAUAUUAUAGCAAUAUUGAUAUCAAGUGAUAUACCUCUCGCUUAUCGAGAAUGCGCCACAACGUGAUGCCAUCUUGCAUGUCUUUAGGCCCUCAAUACCGCUUUGUUUUUGAAAGAAAAUACUAGAACCACACAGUGGAAAAAGGUAAUCUUUUCCCUUACGGCACAGAAAUUACGUGCACAGCAGUGACCCGGAUUCUCCCAUCCCCUCGGUAAUUUGUUAGUCAAGUUUCAUUGAAUUCAAGAGAACUUUAAGUAAAAAAUCUUCUCUUUGAAUCAGGAUACAAGCAUUUAUUUUAUGGCCCCGAUCCUUAGUGUAUAGCUGUACUCGACUGAGUGUGCUUUAAAAUAUAUGUACAUGUCAGAAACAGAGAGGAAGGAAGCAUAGAAUCUAAAAACUCUCCAAUUUUGUAUAAUUUUCAUCUUUUCUCUUAGAUUGUCAAAAUGCAAUCGAUUUGGUGUUUGUAUUGGAUUCUUCUGGUAGCGUCAACCCCACAAAUUUUCAAAUUGGACUCCAGUUUAUCAUAAAGGUGUGCCAGUAUUUCGACAUCUCUUACCCUCUUGGCACUCGAGUGGCUGUUAUCACAUACACCAACUCUCCAACGAUAAUAUUUCACUUUAACACCUUCAUAAGAAAGCAAGACGUCCUUAAUGCAAUAGCAGCGAUACAAUAUCAAGGUGGUGGCACACGCACUGACUUAGCACUCUCAGAAGCUUACACAAAGCUGUUUGAAAACCCCGACAAUGGUGUGAGACCCAAAGAAUUAGGUGUGCCAAGAGUGCUUGUUCUUCUCACCGACGGAAGAACUUCCUCAGGAACGGACAGCAUCAUCCAGCCCUCUAACUUACUCCGAAAUGAAGGAGUUAACAUCUUUGUGAUAGGGAUCGGCCCAAGGAUAAACAAGGAUGAGUUAGACAUUAUUGCUAGUGAUCCUGACUCUGAUCAUGUGAUUCUUCCCAAGUCCUUUGAAGAGAUAAACACUUUGGUAGAAAACAUUCAAGAAGCCUCAUGUUACGGUGAUUCAUUUUUAUUUACGCUAUAAUAGUAUACAGCAUGUUGUGGAGCAUGUUAAGUGCAGUAAACAGCUUUUUCGAAAAAGGAAAAAAAAGCGUAAAAGUGAACACGAUUAUCCCGAAAGUUAUUUGGGUAGUUUUCAGGUCACAGUUCCUGGACCUCAGGAUUUCAAGGAAACUUGGGAAAAUGUUGCUGUAACGACGAGGCAUCUUAGGUUUGCUUAAUUUAUCUGUCGAUAUGUGUUAAAAGUCAUCGAUUACUGGAUAGCCAAGUUAUCUUUCAAGAUUGCCGCUUGCACUUUUGCCCUCAUUUCCAACAACCUCUCUCGUAACAGCUGUAAACUGCUCUAUCCUGAACCGUGUAAUGCUUCGUAAAUUCCUCGCGUUUCCUGUUCCGUGAGUUGUGCAUUGCAAACAGGAUAUCCCUGAAAUAUUUACGAUGUAAUUAUAUCUCAGUCUCAGGUAUUCUUUCAUAUUAAUUCCUUCAUUUAGAACUUAGAAGUAACAGCAUUGUCAAACACUUCAGAUCACUAGCAUUUCUCAUUUCCAAUCAUUUUAUUUUUUGCUUUUCAUGAUCAGAGCCCGCAUUGCUCGAUGAAGGAAAAGAAGUUGGUUCAAGUAUAAACGAAAAUGCAGUAAGAUAUUUCAAAUACGACUUAUUCAACAAGACGAGAAUCAAAACCCUAUUUCUAAAGACAACACUUGGUCAAGCCGAUAUUGCGGUUUCAACAAGCAACAGGAAUCCCCGAAACAAUCGCAUUAACCUGGGAUCGUGUGAACCGCAUGAAGACAAUAAACUUUCCGAUAUAAGUAGACUCUGGAAAUUAGAAGAGCUUCAAAAAGACACCUUUUGUAAUGCUACCUCUGACGGAGGAUGUACCAAGCCUCGUUUUGUUUCAAAGGAUGAGUUCAUUGAAGAAGGAAUGGUCAUUUAUGUGAAGAUGUGCUCCACCAGAUGGUUUUAUGUUUCGUUAGAGGGAAUCAAUAAGACUAAUACGUUCAAUUUAACGCUGUUCAAGGAUCUUAUUAGGACAAAGGAAAAAUUGGUAAAUCACUUUUGAUUUCCUCUUUCAAAUUUCAGCCACCUCUUGGUAUCAUUUCUUUAAACGCAUGAACAGCGAAACCUAUGGAGGCCAUGCCUAACCUCUGAGUAAUUCAGUUAUUGCCAUACGUGAUCUCACUCUCAUCAACUUAAGUAUUGCCUACGUGUGUCGAGAUUAUAAAUAGUUGCUAAUCUCUUGCAUGUGUGCGUUUCUCUGUUUCCUGAUUUUUUCUUUUUGUUCAUUUGAUUUGUCCAAUCAGAACAUCACAGUAGACACUUCAAGAAAUGACACUACUUUCCCCAUUCCCAAGCGGGUCUACGCAGGAGCAGCUGCAGCAGCCGUAGGAACAGCAGCGACAGUAGCUGCCGUUGUCACAUUGUCGUAAGUACUCAGUGGUUAAGAAAAACUGUUUCUUCCAAGAACUCAAACUAAUCAUCUGGUCAAAGGUCGAACGCCGUCCUCUAGAUUCGAAGGCAAAAUAAGCCUCAUGAAAGGGUACUCACAAUUGAAAUGAGGAUGAUUCUGUAUGGCGAGUCAUUGUACAUUGAUUAAGGAUACUUCUUAUUGCAGAUGCGCAAAGGAAUUUGAAGUCAAAAGUUCAGCCAAAAUCAAAAAGAAAAAAAGGAAAGAAUGCGAGACAGCGACAGACAGAAAUUGUAAUUCAACCGUUAACCAAGGGUUUCAAGAAGAUGACGAAAUACAGCCAAACACCAAAAAUCGGUCCAGUCUUACUCCUUUAAUGGAAAUUGAUGAUCUACAAAGUAAUUCAUCUAGAGGAUCCACAAAGAAAGAAACAGAUGCUGAAUUAACAAAAUCAGAGAAAUUCAAACGCGGUAAUUUUCACAGCACAGGACAAGGAAAAAGCUGCGUUGUUGAAGUGCGAGAAGAACAAAUGAUACAACAGAAUUCGUCAUGCUUAAACGAAGAUCCGCGCACGCGUAAAGUCAGUUUGGUUUCUUCCAUGAUUUAUGAUUUACAAAGGAAAGACACAUUUACAGAGACAACAGAGACAUCAACAUUUCAGAGAAGAGGCACUUCCCAACAAUGGGAUAAAUCGCGAUUGGAAAGACAAGUUACGAGUACGAACGUUUCAGUGUCCGUGUUCCAAUCAAAAUUUCAAGAGGGAAAGAUAUCAUAUGGCCAAGACAAGGUCAGAAAAAUGGGUUUAGAUGCGAUGAAACGAAACUGUGACUUAUUAUUAACAGGUAUAGGCGACACAAGAAAUGCCAAAGCCAAGCAAACGGAUUCUGUUGCACAAAAUAAGUUUAAAGACAAAAGUAAAUGUUCGGAUGAUGACCCUAAAAUUGAUACCAAUGGAGUUACCGCUGAUGACGGCUCAGUGCAACAUUCGAAAAAGUCAAAACUUAUCCAAGAAAUGGACACAGAGACAGGAACAACCUGUUGUUUUCAGUGGCUACCGUCAUUAUCACACAACAAAGUAAAGAAGUCCUCUGAGGCUGAAGACCUUUCCGAAUUGGAAAAAAAUGAAAGACGAGAAACGACGAAAGAUGAAACUGGAGAGCAUAUUCGGAACGGCGAGAAAGAAAAAGUCAGUCUCUUGUCCCGGUUAAAUUCAAAACUUACUAAGCGUAAAAUCUUAGCGGUUAUGUGUCCUUGUUUUACUUAUCUCAUACUAAAAGGUGAAAGUAAGGAAAAAGGAGCAAACGACGAAAUGAGGCAGGAUGAUAUGCAUCGCCAAGAAAUGAGGUAAAGAAAAAUAUUGUUGUAUUUUUAAAAAGGCGGAUGAUGUGACGUGAUUUAUUCAAUUAUCAGUUUUAUCCAAUCAUGUGCUCGGUGCAUGUGAUCAUUCCCAGAUCCCACGACAGAGUUUGCACUGUUUACUGUAAAAAAAAAAAGAAACCUACUGAACUUAAACAGUAUUACCCCGCGUAUUUUCUCUUCUAGCUUAUCAUCAAUCUCAUAGAAAAUAUUUGGUUUUUCAGCUCUAGGUUUAUUAUUUUUUGCUAUACCUAAGUAAUUUGAAAAGGAAACCAACCCACAACACAUUUACUUUACAGUUUGGUACUUUUAUGAAAUACAUUGUAUAUAUUCUCAUAACUGAAUUUAAAAUACAAAGUUCCUUUUUACCCAAAGGGACAGUCGUUUUGAGCGGGAUAUGCAGAUGAGUCAGACGUUUUGCGUAUUAUUAUCACAACUUUUAUUUAUACUUGGAGCUGAUGCCAGAGACGACAAGGUACGUUUUCGCUUUAGUAAACAACAUAGUCUCUUCGCAGUUUUCUACACCUUAUUUGAUAGUUAAACAUAUAAUAUGGGUGUAUAUUUUGCGAGCUGAGUUGCGUAGUAUUUUUUCCGAGCCCCGUGGGGCCGCGGAAAAUUGCGAGCAAUGAGCCAAAUGUGACAGAACAUCCUUUUUGGAUGGAAUAGUGUUUCCAAAGAUAAUAGAGUUUGGCUCGCCAAUUGACAAUUCAUUUUGAUGAGCUUCGGGUUUUUGUCUCCGUCUUAAACAAUCAUUUAUUUUUCUAAUGUUUGAGAUGGUUAGUCAUUAAUUUUUCAAAUUCAGAUAUUUUUCAAUCACACCAAAAGUGCAACUUUCUAAAUGACCCUUGCUGUUUACAGAUUACUUGUGCGGUUGUGGCCAUCACCAUGAACUACCUUUCUCUUGUGACUCUUUGUUGGCUAAUUGUUCAAGCUCUCUACCUAUUCAACUUUACAAGAGCACGUGAAAGCGAAGAAAAACAGCACAUGAAAAAAAAACUCUAUUUCGGAGGAGCAUGGGGUGAGUGAAAGUAGCAGAAAAUAACACAGUGAGAUAUGUGCGUGUUAAAUAAGAUUUGGCAAAUCUAACACGAUGAACAGUUGCUGGAAGCUACCCAAAUUAUUUAAGAUACAUCUUGGAAAUCCGUCUUGUCACUUGCCAAUAUGGUGCCGAUUUUGUCUUUAGCUGUAGUUAUGGGUUUUGGUGGAGGCGCUGUUAGUCGGUUGGUGAUAGUUGUGGUUAUAACUGCGGUUGGUUAAAAAGGGGGUGGUUGUGGUAAACUCUUGAUGUUGGUGCUACUGCAGCAGUAAAUCGGUUGAUGAUUUCAAUGGGCUCUAUUUCAACCGUUACCGUUUACUGCUGUAGCUGCAGUGCCGUGUCAUGGUUGUCAUAUGUAGUUUUUGUUGGUGAUAGUUCUCAGAUAUUGCCCUUGAUUUUUAUUUUUUUCUAGAUUGUUGUAACACAAAUCUACUUCUAAAGGAGUUUCCUCGGAAAACGCCUGCUAACGCUUAAGAACCUUCAUUUUUGUUUCAGGUUUGCCACUUUUUGCUGUAUUUUUUCUUGCCUCCAAGUACGAGACAUACAGCAAGCACCCACAGUGAGUGAUCAGUCAGUUAACUCAAGAGCUACUCGUCCUGUGACCAUAAUCUUUGCUUCUCCUAUUGCUUUAUCCUUUGUUAGAAAGUUAGUACAAAAAUUGGGGAAUAUCAUUAAAAUAGCAGUAACAUAAUAUGAUUAUUCUUCAAUGGGCCCGCACCAUUUUUCAUUGCGUUACGUUCCUCUUUCUUUUUCAGUUGUUGGAUUUCAUUCGCUGAUACUGUAAGCUGGUCAGUAGCGACGCCCAUAAUUACGUUAGGAAUGGUGAGUGUAGAACCUCAUGAGGAAGCCAUUACGGAUAUUUGACUUAAUUUUUUCUUCUUCUUUUGCCUUAAUUUCUAUACAACUUCAAAUUGUACCGGUAAGAAAUCGACAAUCCCAUAAUAUUGUGUUGAUAGCAAAUAUGACUCUGCCUGUGUUUUUUUGGGGGGAGGGUUAAAGUCACUAUAUUGCAUACUCUUCUCGUAUCGGCGGUCAUUAUGCAAUUUACGUAAUGAUUCACGCAUCUUGGAACAGGCUACUGAUGGCGAAUACUUAUCUCUAUGACGUAACUAACAAUGCUGAGAACUUAUGGCUAUUCAAGCAGAGAGUGAGCAGGAAACGUAUCGUAUAAUGAACUUUUGAAUUGUCGUGGAAUGUCGAAUGACCUCAAGAUAACCUGCACGGCAUAUCUUAAGAAUUAAAUAAGAUAGAUUCACAGAAAAAAGUCUUAUUUUACUGCUAAGAUCACUAAGCAAAUAGAACAAUAUCAAGGAAGAGAACCUUCGAUUUAUGCAGGCCAAGAGAGGUGGCAAAGAUAUCCUUUUUCGUGAGAGUUUUGAUGCGACAUUAGACUUCGAAAAUUGGAUGAUCAUUAGAGCAAGAUAUCUUAGCAAAGGAUAAUUUGCCCUCUGGUUUGAACCAAUAUAAACGUCAAACUCUCAAAGAUAAAACUCAUUGACAUGUUAUUUCCCUUUUCAGGUACAAGUCAUACUAAUAAUCUUAUUGGCUAAAGCUUUAGUCACCUAUCGUAAGUCCGAUAAAACGGAGGAAAAUGAUUACAAGAAAAACAUAAUCAAGUGAGGCUUUUCAGAAAUAUUUCACAAGUAUUUGAUUACCUUGACAAUCCUGUGCUAUAUAUGUUUCCUAGUGGAAACCAGUCGUUGAUGUUAACUAUCAUCUGUUAACCUGUUUAGUGUAGAAAGGCAUCCAGAAACCAAUCAAUAUGUCCAACUAAUAUUCUCAUUUGUGACAAAACUUGAGCAAAUCUUCAAACAGCUUUUACCUUAUCGUUACUCAUCCAUUGCACACUUAUUAAAAGCAAUACUGUACAUGUGACAUCUUCAACAGGUCUGGAAUUCAAACUGUGGUUUGCAUAACCAUCUCAGUUGUUCUAACUUGGCUUCUGGGAUCAUUGUCUUUGAACAUCGAUCGAGAUGUCUAUCACACCUUUUUCUCCAUAUUCAACGCAAUGCAGGUAAGAGAUUUGUACACACGAAAAAUUAAAUACUUGCCAAUUUUUGAUGAACGUAAGCCGGAUGUUUCAUUCAAACAUCCUAAACAAAGUAGUUCACACAGGCUUAUUGCUGCCACACGCCGAGUCUCAUUACUGAUGUAAAUUUAGUAUCACAAAUCGUAAAGGUUAUUUUACUGCUGUAUUCUUUUGUUAUGAAAUGGUAAGCAGAACAUGACACAAUUAGUUGAAAGCUUACUCAAAAGGCGAGCUUCAUAAUAAGAGGAAAAAAAAAUGUGACUCAGAUGCCAAAAUUAUUUAAAGGACACUUCCUAUCUGUUCUGUCAACAGGGAGUUGCUUUCUUCCUGUUUUACGUUCUCUUAAAUGCAGAAGUCCGCCAACUAAUACUUUCUGCUUGGGAAUGGAAGAACUCUUCUGCAGUAACGCCAUUUGAUGAUCAUGAGGCCAUUGAAAUCGAAGAAGAAAAGGUAUGUUGUAAGCAUGUGGUGCGACUGAGUAGUUUUCAUCGUUGAAUUUGAAACCUGGUGGUUCCAUGCAGACUGAUUCACUCACUCUUCCAUGGAACUGUGUCUUUUUUUUUAACACAGGAAAAAGAUAAAAAGAAAGGAAAAAACAAACCAGCGGGCAAAGAAAACAGUGCCCAAGACGGAAAACAAAAGAGACUGGAGAACAAACCAAACGAGGCUGCUAUGAGUACCAUACAGAUGGUGACCGAAGCAGCCUCCGACAGUAAAAGUAAGAACAAAGGAAAUUCUUCGGAUACCAAGCCAGAUGUUCAGGGUAAAACACGAAAAUAUGAGGGUAUGAUUUGUGCAACUGUUGAGAGAUCACCCAGAAAGUUGCCCCCUAUAGAGCCAAACAAGAAGACCACUACGACGUCAAAAGCGACAGAGCCAAAACGAAAGGAAGCACCCAAAGCAACCCCAAAGGUAAGAAGCGUAUCUCCUAUUCGUUUUGGCCUAUACGUGUUUUAGGGUAACCUACUUUACGGCAUAGGAGUCAGUUGUUAUUUUCAUUUCAGUGAUUCACUUAUUUUCGUCAAAAACAAACUGCUAGAGAAGUCCGGCUUCAAAACGUGUCAGUUACGUUGUUUCCCUUUCCUGCCUCUGUCCACGCGGAGUGUAAAUGGAUACCGAUAAACCGCUAUGAAAACCUGACGCAAUUGUUAGGGUGGAGUAGUAUUCCAUCUCUAUAAGUAAACAUACUGCCAGUUAAUCCAUGGUCUGGAAAUCGGGGCAGGCUCCUUUGGCUUGGUUUGGGUUGGUCACGCGACUCACCUGCAAAAACUUGAUAAGCUUAGUCAACUUUUUAUCUUGAAUGGGUAUCCAAACACUUGAUUCUCUGUGCUGUUUUCCCCUCGAAGAAAUUCUUUGAAGAUCCAGUGCCUAAACGAAAGAUGGCAGAUGCUCCCACUUCACCGAAAAAUAAAAAUCCACGUCCAUCAUCACUGUCUGCUCAGUCAUCACGGACACCGGCUGGGAAAAAACGUGGAGUGAAGUUUGAAAUGAAAUAUGAUCUUCCCGUCGCAGGUGAGGUAUAUCUGGCAGAACAUUAAAUAUCCUUCCGUCUUUCGCUAUUUCUACGAAAAACGAGCAUAACUAUUAUAUGCUUACAGACAACGGACAUUCAAACCUGCUGAUAGGAUAGGUGACUGGGAUGAAUGUUUAAUUUUCAUGUUUUACGCAUUUUGCGCGAAAAAAUAUUCCCGAUACGAGGAGCUUAGAUCUUUUCGUUGAUGCCCUUUUAUCUCUUUUUGACCUUCCACCUUCCCGCGUGACUCCGAUCCAGUCUGCAGUGUCUCUUUCAUCAUCACGAUGCUUUACUCGCGGUAAUGCUACCUUUUUCUAGAAGUAAGAAGAGUGCAAGUGAUGACAAAAAAAAUUCAAUCACAUUUUUUUUCCUGAGUUGUUAACGUUUACAUUAUAAGGGUGAAAUUAUUAUUUAUGUGGUUUAUCGUUUUUUUCGUUUUCAAUUAAAUACUCACCAUACAACAGAUAGUAUGGCUCUAAAUCGCAUGCAACAGAAAUCGUGCACUAUGCAUACACAUCUUUACCCAAGUAUUUAGAAACAAUCGUUUUAGUCAUCAAAGCUAUCGCCAACUGAGAAAAUACCCUUCGUAGAUUUUAUUUCUUUCCUUCGUCAAACAAAAUUUUCCAUUUUUAAUCUCGUGUUUAUUUAGGUUAUUGGUUUUCCUUUUGUUACAAUUUCUCUUUAACCAAAUAGCGUCGGAAAGUUGAAAAAGGUUCUUUCCCAUGUUUGCAGAUCAAUAGUGUUUAAAAAAAAUUUGGUCAGCAAUUUCAUUUUUGAACAUCUUUAACGAGGACAUCUCUCUUUUGCUUCUUGAUUGCCUUUCAUUUACACUACUAUGGCUGUCAGAAAUGAUCUAUGUUUUUAAAUUACAGUGCUAGAACUCUGAAUAUAUGAAUUAUUUUACCUAAGAAGUGCGAUAGUUGAAAUAAAUGACUAUAAAAUGCAUCUGAACGAAACUGUUGCUAUAGGAUAUGCUUUUUUGCUGUUGUUGUUUUUUGUUUGUUUGUUUUUUUUUGUAGUUGUCCCAUGUCGGAAAUGAGGACGUAAGUCAGUGGCCAUAGUGUUCUGAAUGACAUAGCAUCUGAUUUUUCUGUAAGCAUUUUUUAGCGCUUUAUUAAAACUGAGAUGGUCCUUCGCAGUGAGUAAAAAAAAACACCCCAUACUUAUAUAUGCAGUUGAUUACCUGCACAGAAUAGUCAACUAUUAUAAUUUUUUUAUUCAUUCACUAUCGUCCUUCUUUAGUAGGAUUCAUCUCCCCACCAUCCAGCUCUAAAACCAGGCCAUCGCAACCAGCAACCAGCCCCAUCUCCACUCAGAAAGGCCAAAAGCAAAUGGGAAAGAAAAGAACAACAAAAGGGAAAAAAUCUGUGUAGCACUUAUAAUUCAUACCUUGUGCUGAUAAGCCUGGGGCAAGUACACGGAAGCUGCAUGGCUAGUUAGUAUGGAAACUGAGAAUUCAACCAACGGCGCAGAAUAGCACUUAAAAAAAAUCGAGAUUUGGUUCCAAGAGAGAUUGGUAAACACAUGUAAACAUUAGUGAAACCCUUAAGAGAAACAAAGUAAGAAUGAAAAAAGUUUCAAUCCAAAAUAUGAAAACCAAACGGCUCCAACCGUAGCUGGAUAAUGGAUAAACCGCGAGAUUAGGAGGCUAAAGAAAUGUCUGUCCAUCUUGGGCGAGUAUUGACAAUUUCACCAAGCUAAGCCAUGCUGCUUCCUGUAAUUAAGCUCGAUUAUGUGUUUUAAUGUGGACGAAAACAGCACGGAAUCCUCCUUGCAUCGCGUUUUGGAAGAAGAGAACCAAAGAUCAAAAUUAUUUUUUCUGUAAUUAACGAAGAGGUUCACAAAGAAUGGCAAUUCUGCAGCACUUUUAGUAAACAGGGCAAGAUCCCAAAUGCGAGCGAAAUAGAAUUGUCGAUCUUGAUGAAUAAAGACAUGCA